CGAAAGAAGAAUGGCAAAAUAAAAAGAAAUGGUAAUGGCGGCAAGAGAGGCCCAUCGAAAGAAAAUUGUUGAAUAUUUAAACCAGUCUCACGACAAAACAAGGACCUUGAAAGACAUAGUUCAUCAUGUAGGAACAGACAGAAAAUCCAUUAAUCAAAUACUCUAUGCACUGAAGCGUCAAAGUUUGUUAGAACAGCUGUCAGGGGUCCCCCCGGUGUGGAAACUACGGAGCUAUGUACAGGCUCUUAAGGCACCAUUAUGGCCUCAUAACAAUAAAUACAGCGUCCGUAUAGGGUCUCCUUCAAAGAAACUGAAACAUACCAGACAGACCUUUCAAAUAGAUCCUCAACAGGCACAGAGAAUUAUACAGUUUCUCCAAACAAAGAAUAUGCCUAUUAAAUCUAUAGAUGUAGCCAGACAUUUAGGAUUCAGAACCUCAAGAGAUAUUAAUCCCACAUUGUAUAACAUGGAGAAGACUGGAAUUGUGAAAAAGUGUGGAGAAAGAGGGUCAGUUAUGUGGAUCUUAAAUCCUACGGAGGGGUCACAACAAGCAGCAUUGUUGGAUGACCCAGGAAUCAUUGGAUUGGGGAUGCUACAGAAUUCACCACAAAUUGCUUAUAGAGAGCCACAACAGGCCACUGGAGGUAUCAGAGUGGAAGGCCAAUUUGCACAAUCAUAUAACACUCCUAACACUUUUGACAGGAAUUUUGAUCAAUGUGCAAGUUCUGACGUCAGCACUGAGGAUCCUUUCAUGGGAAAUCUUACUAGCAAUCAGUUAUCUGAGAUUGAGUACGAGUCUUCACAAUCGGAACCAAGUCUGAAUUUUGAUCAAAUAAAUGAUGCCAGAAGGACUUUGAAAAGUCAAGGUUACAUAGAUGAUGAGAGUGAUUUAACAAGUGUUGGAGAUGGCACAGAAGAUGAUAUGGAAACAAAUGUAGGAAAUAUUGCUCCCAUGUAUCAGUCCACUCCACUGGUAACCAGUCCGGAAAAUAAUUCAGGGGUUCAGUUUGAGGAUACUGGUAUAAAUGAAAGCAGUGCUACUGCACCUUACUGUCAAAGUGAUAGUGAUAUGAGUGACUCUGGGCAGAUGGAUCAAGUAUUGAAAGGUUUGUUAAAGUGUCCUAAUAGUACAGGGGUGAACUUUGUCAUUGCUAAAAGGGCUGGUUUAGAUAAGAAUGAGGUUGAAGACAUUCUACAGAAAUGUAUAAAAUUAAAACAUGUUUCAACAACAAUAUCUGGAUCAGGUACUGUUUACACACUAACAAAAACUGGUGAGACCUAUAUAAAAAGCAAAAUAGGGAAAGUAGAAACAAAGGGACAUAAGACUGUGGAGCAAAUAUGUGCUCCUCCUCGAAAUAUGAAAAAGGAAUUCACUGGCCCCCCACCAGUGCCAGCCAAUCUUGUGAACAACCCUUACAGUGAAUUUUGUAACCCUGACCUCUCAAGACCACAAAAUCAUAAUGAACAAACAAUUCCCCGCACCCACAUGUCGAUAGGGCAGCAAUCAACUGUAGGCAGUAUAAGCACUAAAGGAGCAAACUUGGGCAUUCAAGAUAAUUCUGGUCCUCAACCUUUAAUGUCAAUUAACUUUACAGAAAAUAAUUCCCAAUCAUUUGGAGGUCUAAAUUCAACUCCACGGGUACCAUUAUUAAGUUUACAACCACCUUCGAAUACUGAACAGUCUAACUUUAAGUUUCUGCAGAGAGGUCCCUCUACAACAUUUGGAAGAGGAAGGGGAAGAGGUUUGAUGAAUUAUCAAAGUCCAAGCACCAGCUGUUCACCUGGUGGCUUUACACGUCCACCUCCCCCAGUGGAAUUGAUAAGAAAACAGUUAAAUCAGACAGGUAUUUCACCGAAAAGUGAGGGAGAGGCAAACAUUGGGAUUUCUGCCAGUCAUGUCAAUUUAGGGCUGCAGAAACUUGCAGCACAGUCUGCAUCAAGUCCUCAACAGACAUUUUAUCAACAACAAAGCAUGUCCAAUUCUUCAAAUUGUUUACCCCGUGUAGAUUCAACUCCUAAUCAAAUGGUAUUACAGGAUGGUGGGCCUAGAUCACUUGGAUUGCCUAUGAGGCCCAAUGUGUAUCCUGGUGGAAUGGACCCGCAACCACAGUCCCUGCCUCCCAUGGGAAAUACAAGACCGUUAAACCCCUUUGAUCCAAGUCCUCUGGACCUGAAUUCAGAAAGUUUUGCAGCUCUAAACAAAAAUCCUGUUAGUGCUCUUAUGGAAUAUGCUCAGUCACGCCACCAGGAGGCAGAAAUCAGAGUGAUAUCCCAAAGUGGGCCUUCCCAUAAACCAAAGUUUGUUAUGGGUGUCUUCAUUGGAGGUAAGCAGAUUGCAGAAGUAACAUGUUCCAACAAGAAAGAUGGCAGAAAGGAAGCAGCAGACAAGGCUUUGAGGGCCCUCAUUGCUUCUGGUGACUACAAGGCCACAAAUAUUGCUGCUGCAUCAAAACCUCAAGUUUCUGUAGACAAAAUGACCCACUUUGACAAAAUGGCAGCAUUGGUCCACAGGUCUUUUAAUGAACUCUCAGCCAGCAUCAGCGAAAAUUUCUCAGGAAGGAAAGUCAUAGCAGGACUUGUGAUGAAAAUGGCUGCAGAGGACAUCGGAACAGUCAUUGCCAUAGGGACAGGAAAUAGGUGUAUCACAGGACCGCAGCUAAGCCUCGAGGGAAACACAGUGAACGAUUCCCAUGCAGAAAUCAUCACAAGAAGAGGAUUUAUUAGGUUUUUAUACAAGCAGUUGAUGACUUAUAAUCCUGCCACACCUCAUCGACUCUUUGAGCAGUCACCAACUGGAAAAAUCCGCAUAAAGAAAAACAUCACAUUUCAUCUGUAUAUUUCUACCGCUCCUUGCGGAGAUGGAGCUUUAUUUUCUCCAAGAGAUGAAGCCUCCAACAAUGCUGUACUGAGCAAUAUAAAUGACAGAGCACACACACCCACCUUCACCAGUGCUGCCCAGGGUCUGGUACGAACCAAAAUGGAGGGAGGUGAAGGAACAAUCCCAGUAGAAGAUGAUUUUACAGCUCAAACUUUUGAUGGAAUCCAGAGGGGAGAGAGGCUGCGUACAAUGUCCUGUACAGACAAGAUUUGUCGCUGGAAUGUAGUAGGAAUGCAGGGAGCUUUACUGAGUCAUAUCUUGGAUCCAGUUUAUCUUGAUUCGUUAACAUUAGGAUUAUUGUAUGAUCAUGGUCAUCUGUCCCGUGCCAUUUGUUGCCGUCUUGCCCGUGGGGAUCCAGACAUCAACAGCCAACUCCCUGACCCCUUCCAUCUGAACCACCCUUGGCUUGGUAGAGUCACAGUCUGUGAUGUUCCCCGGGAGACCCAGAAGACAAAGGCCUUCAGUGUCAAUUGGUGCUUUAGUGAUGCACAGCCAGAGGUCACAGAUGGAACUCUUGGAUUGUGUUGCACAAGCAUUGAGAAGACAUUAUUUUCUCGCUGUUCCAAGAGGAAUUUAUAUGAUAGCUUCAAGGAAGUGUGUUUGAAACUAGGAAAAAACAAUUUACUGAAUUUCCAAACUUAUGGGAAGGCCAAACAAGCAGCAACUGAAUUUCAGUCAGCGAAAAAGGCACUGGUGUUGAAGUUGAAGCAAAACAAUUUUGGGACUUGGGUGUCUAAGCCUCCAGAAGAAGAAAUGUUCUCCUAAUUUGCAGCUUAUAGCAUAAUAUUUUAUGGUGCUUAUAAAUGGCAUAGGGGGCAUUACUUCUGUUUCAUACAGAAAUUCAAUACUGAGAUACUUAAUGAAUCUAACAAUUUCUUUUUUACCUGUGAAAUUGUUUUACAUUUUUAUCACAUGUUGCAAUUUUUUUUUUAUAAUCUAUUUGUUUAUUGCACAGAAAGAAUCUGUUUGUUUCUCUGGUAUUACCACAUAAAAAUUAACAUUUAAGAUAAGUGUAUAGAUAUUAUAUGAUUAUUUUGUGUUCAUUUAUUGCACAAAACCAAAUGCUGUUACCUAAUAUUACAUGUAUAUUUCAUGUAUGGUUACAUUUUUUGUGUAU